UGGGGUGAGAGGAGUAGGAUUGGUCUAUGGUGGUCAACCUCCAGAGCGACCCCCGCCUUCAUCCUCUGUCCCAGCCCAGUGAAGGUGCAUGCCUCUGAGACACACACACCAUGGCCACGGGACAUACGCCAGCCAAGACCAGGCUAGACCUGGAGGACAUAGUGGAGCAGGAGACUCCUCUGUGGGUCCCACCCCUGGGGAUUCCUCCAGACAGAUACACAGCAGAGGGACUACUGGAGGAAGUAGUCGAGGUAGAGGCAGAGGAACCAGCCCAGGAGGAUGACUCUGUUUCACUCUCCAUCUCUAUCCACAGUUACACCAGGCCUCUGGUGAAGGACAGGGACCCAAGGGGAGUCAACAAGUGUCUAAAGGUGACGUUUGAGGACAUGAUAGCCGAGCCCCCCUCGGUGCGGAGCUUCGAUAAGGUGUGGCUGUGGAGCCACGCCCUGUUUGAAGUGUCCCGUCUCUGGUGCUACCGGCUCAUCUCCCUCCUCCUGGCUGUGCCCGUCUCUCUGGUAGCAGGGAUCCUCUUCGCUGUCCUCAGCUGCCUACACAUCUGGCUGAUCAUGCCCUGUAUGCAGCUCUUCCUGAUCAACAUGCACUGGGUUCAGACCGUGUGGAGUAGUUUGUUAAACAUCGCCAUCACUCCCUUCUUUAAGAAAUGCAUGCCAUCAAAGAGGUGGAUCCCUAGCAUCUAUCACCUACAGUACAAUGACGAGUUUGAGCAUGCUCUUUCCCUGGUAGAAGAUGGAUGUGCCUGGGUUGACGGGAGCCAUGGGAUAAAACACCCAAUUUCUUGUCUCCAAAAUAAAACAGGCUUUGAUGACAUCAGCUGUUCCAGUAAAGUCAACACCGCCAACACUCUCCUUGCGAGAUAGAUACUUCGUACUUCAUAGUGUAGAGGAGUCUAAACAGAGAGUGCAAAGGGAUUUUGCCAAUACUCUGAUUUUCUUUUGCACACAAACUGUUUUGAGUUGACUUUAAGUCGAAUACUUAGAGACAAUAUCAUAAAGGGUGAUUGCUACAGAGACAUACAUAAUCAUACAUUGAUUCAACUGUGUUGAAUUGUAUUUUUUUUAUUGUAUUAUUUUGUCUGGUUUUGCAUUGGAAUUGCCACUGUAGUGUUGUGGAAGCUAUCUUUAAAAUACAGCACCAACCAUUUAGGUACAUUAAAACAUUUAAAUGUAAAUAAUAAUAAUAAUUAAAGGUUUGAUUCCCUUAUAAUCCCAUUUCAAAACGAACUGUAUAUUUACAAACAUAUACAGUUAUUCUCAAUACUUAAUCUAAAAGGGCAUAUAGCCUAUAUCCAUUAUAUCUGGAAUAUCAAGGUGGAAUUGUCGUGUCCUGUACAUCCCUCAUUGCUUCCUUGCCUAUCUUUUUAAUAAAAACUUUCAGCAUCA